UCGGAACCUUAAUUCUCUUUCCCGUCUUGCAAGAUGGCGGGUGAAAAACAGGCCGAGAAGCCGGCUGCUAAGAAGAAAGUAGGACCCAAGGCUGGUGGCCCAGAUGGCAAGAUCCAGAAGAAGCGCAAGGCUCUUAAGAUUAAGAAGGGCAAGCCUCACUGCAGCUGAAACCCGGUGCUAGUCAGGGGGAUCGGCCGUUAUUCCAGGUCUGCUAUGUAUUCCAGGAAGGCCAUGUACAAGCGGAAAUACUCGGCUGCCAAGUCCAAGGUUGAGAAGAAAAAGAAGGAGAAGGUUCUUGCUACAGUCACUAAGCCUGUUGGUGGGGACAAGAAUGGCGGUACCCGGGUCGUUAAACUGCGCAAGAUGCCUAGAUACUAUCCGACUGAGGAUGUGCCUCGGAAGCUGCUGAGCCAUGGCAAAAAACCCUUCAGUCAGCAUGUGAGGCGACUUCGGGCCAGCAUCACUCCUGGAACUGUCUUGAUCAUCCUUACCGGACGCCACAGGGGCAAGAGGGUGGUUUUCCUGAAACAGCUGGAGAGCGGCUUACUACUUGUGACAGGACCUCUGACCCUCAAUCGAGUUCCUCUGCGUAGAACACACCAGAAAUUUGUCAUCGCCACCUCCACCAAAGUUGAUAUCAGUGGUGUGAAAAUUCCCAAGCAUCUCACCGAUGCUUACUUCAAAAAGAAGAGGCUGCGAAAACCCAGGCACCAGGAAGGCGAGAUUUUCGACACAGAGAAGGAGAAAUAUGAGAUCACAGAGCAGCGCAAGGUUGACCAGAAGGCUGUGGACUCUCAGCUUCUGCCCAAAAUCAAGGCUGUUCCUCAACUUCAGGGCUACUUACGCUCUGUGUUUGCACUCUCAAAUGGAGUUUAUCCGCACAAACUGGUGUUCUGAGCUUCUUCCAAGGCACCUUAAUAAAUCAUCAAUCCAUAAAAAAAAAAAGAAAAGAA